AAGCCCCUUCCUGCGCAGGCGCGGAAGACCGGGAAGGCGAAGAGCGAAUCACAACGUAGGAAACAAAACUGCCGGCUUUCAAAUCCUCCGCCUCCCAUAACGCCAUCGUCUUCGUAGGCUUGGGGCUGCGGUAGCGGCUGCAACGUGACAGGCUGGAACCCGGCGCUUUCGCAGCACCCUUCCCAACUGGUGAUCAGUAAAGGUUGACACAAUCCCAAAAAAAUGGCAUCAGAAGACAUUUCUAAGCUGGCAGAGUCCUUUGCUAAAACACAGGUGGGCGGAGGGCAGCUGAGCUUCAAAGGCAAGAGUCUGAAGCUCAAUACCGCAGAAGAUGCCGAAGAGGUGAUUAAAGAGAUUGAGGACUUUGAUGGCCUGGAAGCACUACGCCUCGAAGGCAACACUGUGGGGGUGGAGGCAGCAAAGGUCAUUGCCAAGGCUCUGGAGAAGAAAUCUCAGCUCAAGAGGUGUCAUUGGAGUGAUAUGUUCACCGGGAGACUACGAUCUGAAAUUCCCCCUGCUCUGAUUGCACUUGGAGAGGCCAUUGUUUCUGCUGGCUGCCAGCUUACAGAGCUGGAUCUGAGUGACAAUGCCUUUGGACCAGAUGGAGUGCGUGGAUUUGAGGCACUUCUGAAAAGCCCUGCCUGUUUCACCCUGCAGGAACUCAAGCUAAACAAUUGUGGCAUGGGCAUUGGUGGUGGCAAGAUCUUGGCUGCAGCUUUGAAAGAGUGUCACAGGAAAUCAAGUGUUCAAGGCAAGCCUUUGGCUCUGAAAGUAUUUGUGGCUGGCAGGAACCGCCUGGAAAAUGAUGGUGCAACUGCUCUUGCUGAGGCAUUCAGCGUUAUUGGGACUCUAGAAGAAGUUCACAUGCCACAAAAUGGAAUCAACCAUCCAGGAAUUACAGCCUUAGCUGAGGCUUUUGCUGUCAAUCCCUUGCUGAGGGUGAUCAACCUGAACGAUAACACUUUUACAGAGAAGGGAGCUGUGGCCAUGGCAGAGACCCUCAAGAAACUCAGACAAGUGGAAGUGAUCAACUUUGGUGAUUGCCUAGUACGUUCCAAGGGUGCUGUUGCCAUUGCUGAAGCUGUUCAUGAAGGACUCCAUAAAUUAAAGGAACUCAACUUGUCUUUCUGUGAAAUCAAGCGAGAUGCUGCUCUAAUUAUUGCUGAGGCUACUGAGGACAAGUCGGAGCUACAGAAGCUGGAUCUCAAUGGGAAUUGUUUUGGAGAGGAGGGCUGUGAGCAGCUCCAAGAGAUCCUUGAAGGCUUCAACAUGGCAGAAGUGCUUGGAUCUCUGAGUGAUGAUGAUGGAGAAGAUGACGAUGAUGAUGAAGAUGACGACGAUGAAGUGGAGGAGGAGGAAGAGGAGGAGGAGGAGGAAGAGGAGGAGGAAGAAGAAGAACCAACUCAGUUGCAGGAGAGAGGCCAGGGAGAGCAAGAAUCACUGACGCCUAAAAAAAUCUUGGAGGCACAUGAUUCUACUCCAGUGGUUUCUCCUUCUCUCACUCCUGUGGAUGUUGGCACUUUUCUUGCUUUUCCAUCCCCAGAGAAACUGUUGCGACUAGGCCCUAAAUGCUCCACCUUAAUAGCACAGCAGACAGACACAUCUGACACAGAGAAAGUUGUUACGGUUUUUCUGAAGAUAUCUUCUGUGUUCAAAGAUGAACCAACAGUAAAAUCAGCAGUGAAUGAAACAACAGAUGCCAUGAUGAGAGAAGCUUUUUCAUCAGCUACCUUCAAUUCUGAUGCUUUCAUUACCAGCCUCCUGAUUCACAUGGGUUUGCUCAAGAGUGAAGAGAAGAUCAAGGCUGUACCAAGCCUUUACGGCCCUUUGAUGACUCUGAACCACAUGGUCCAGCAGGAUUAUUUCCCUAAAUCUCUUGUACCAGUUCUCUUGGCCUUUGUUACAAAACCCAAUCAUGCUUUGGAUUCCUGUUCCUUUGCCCGCCACUUGCUCUUACAAACCCUCCACCAGCUGUAAUACACAGGACAAAGGGACUUACAGACAAAGGGACUUACGGAUAAAACAUUCUGCCUCUCUUGACACCAGGAUGUCUGGCUACCUACUGCUACCUAAAGCUUUGAGGAAGUCUGCCAUGUGCUUUUUUAAAAAAAAACAGCAACAACAUGUUUGUGGUUUUUUUUGAAGGGGCUGUGUGUUUUUAAGCUCUUUUUUCCAAAGUGAACUCUGCCUUCCCCAGUGUAAAUACUUUGUUGUUUUCCCCCCAUCCCCCUUUCUCUGAGUCUUCCCUCAGCUUUUCUGCAUUUUGUUUAGCUGAAACUUCUGUUUCCAAAUUCAGGACUUUGGACCCACUAAAUGGCUUAAAUUGAACUGUUUGUCAGAGGACCAUCUCUCAUGGGGUAACAGAAAAUCCUGACGGUAACUUUUUUACUGCACUGUCCUAUGAGCUUUGGGGGAGCAAUUCUUCCAGCUCUAGGCCAGCACCAGGUAUAAAGCAAUGUCACUAUUUUUGCUGUUUCUCAGAAAUUUAGGUUAUUAUAAUUGUGUGGACUGUGACAUAUAUUCCUAAUUGGGGAUAUUUCAUUGGUUGUUGGAUCAUCAUGAGUGAUCCUUUGCCAUUUAUUCACCGAUGUUUCUCAUUGAAAUGACUGAUUCUGGUGGCCUGCAAGAAAACUGCUAGUAAUAUUUCUAAGCAUAAAAGCUCUCAAUUAAAAUAGGUUUGGUUCGGUAUAAGAAAAAUCAA